AUGGCCACGGACGCGGCGCCGAGCCAGCCGGAUCGCGCCGCCAUACCUGCGCUCGGCGAGCCCGCCCACCAGGAGGCGGCCCAGCAGCUGGCGCAGCAGCCGGACACGAGGCUCCGGAGCCUCAACCCGGGGCCGAUACCAAUCCCGGCGGCGCCCAGCUCCAGAUCGCUGCUGGAGACGGUUUCCGAUCAAACAGUAAAUCUGGAUCUCACAGCCUCGCACCAAAGUGAAAAUGGCUCCAUUUCUACAGUUAGCUCUACAGUUAGUUCAGUGGAGUCAGAGAAAGCAGCUUAUGAGUUCCUUGCUCAAACUCCUAUCAAGUCAACUGAUAAACACCUUGUGGAGUUUUCAGAGGCUAUGAGAACUGUUGCAAAAGCACUGCGACAAGUUGCCGAAGGGAAGGCUGCUGCUCAAGCCGAGGCGGCAGAGUGGAAACGGAAAUAUGAGUUAGAGACAGCGCAAAAGCAACAAACCAGAAUCAAAGACUGUGGCACUUGUACCGAUGAUAACCUAGGGAAAAUGGCCAGCCAACUAUCACUUGAGGCACCUGCAUCUGAUCAAACAGGGUGUUGUGGAAACCAUGGGAUAUGUUCACACGAGGUUCUCCAGGACGAAGUUCCUGGACCUAACCCAAGACCUAGUCUCAGUAUGGUGGGAAGAAAGGCAUCAUUUAGACUUUCAUGGGGAUGCAAUGGGAACAAAAACGGCCAGCACAAGCAUGACUUUGUUUCCUUUGAAAAAGGAGACAUUACAACCGCAGAGCGCAGCAGUAAACAGAUCUUGCUGAAGUGGGAAUCCCGGCCACAAACAGUGCUUUUCAUAACCAAACCUAACUCCAACUCUGUUCGUGUUCUCUGUGCUGAAAUGGUCAGAUGGCUUAAAGAGCACAAAAAUAUUAAUGUCUUUGUGGAACCGUGGGUUAGCAAGGAACUUCUAACAGACGAUUCUAACAACACAGUGCAAACAUGGGAUAAUGNNGACGACAAAAAGAUGUUGCACAAGAAGGUUGACCUCAUUGUAACUCUUGGCGGUGAUGGAACUGUUCUAUGGGCGGCAUCAUUGUUCAAAGGACCAGUUCCUCCAGUUGUUGCGUUCGCCAUGGGAUCGCUGGGUUUCAUGACACCGUUUCCAAGCGAGCAAUACCGUGAUUGCCUGGACAACGUGCUGAAGGGGCCUUUCAGCAUAACACUGAGAAACCGUCUCCAGUGCCAUGUAAUCCGCGACGCAGCCAAGGACGAGAUCGUGACCGAGGAGCCGAUCCUGGUGCUAAACGAAGUUACAAUUGACCGCGGAAUAUCAUCCUACCUCACCUACCUGGAGUGCUACUGCGACAGCUCAUUCGUCACAUGCGUGCAAGGGGACGGACUCAUCAUAUCAACGACGUCAGGAAGCACGGCGUAUUCCUUAGCGGCCGGAGGGUCCAUGGUUCACCCGCAGGUCCCCGGCAUCCUGUUCACGCCGAUCUGCCCCCACUCCUUAUCGUUCAGGCCGCUGAUCCUGCCGGAGUACGUGACGCUGCGCAUCCAAGUGCCCUACAACAGCCGGGGCCACGCGUGGGCGUCCUUCGACGGCAAGGACCGGAAGCAGCUGGCCCCCGGCGACGCGCUCAUCUGCAGCAUCUCCCCCUGGCCCGUGCCGACGGCGUGCCUCGUCGACUCCACCACCGACUUCCUCCGCAGCAUCCACGAGGGCCUCCACUGGAAUCUCCGGAAGACGCAGUCGCUCGACGGCCCGCGCGACUGA